UUCCAAGGAAACCUCAACAUUUCCCUCUGAUCAAUACUUGUCUUGUGUUGUGUCUAUAUGUAUAUAGUUGGAGCAUCUCUUAAAUUCAAUAUCAAUUCAAAACAUGGGAAUUCUAUACAUGUUCAAGUCAUUUAGUCUCAUUUUGAUACUUAACCAUUUAACAUGUCUUGCAAUCAUCUCUGAGUUAGAGGAGGAUCAUGAGAUUGUUGGUGAUGCAGGGAAUCAUGUAGAUUCAUGGAGCAUGGUGCAAAAGAAAGGAAAUCAAUUCAUGCUGGAUGGCCAGCCAUUCUAUGUCAACGGAUUCAACACAUACUGGCUAAUGAUUUUCGCGGUAGAUGAGUCGACACGGCCAAAGGUGAGUGAUGUGUUCCAGGAGGCAUCAUCUGUUGGUCUUUCAGUGUGCAGGACUUGGGCUUUCAAUGAUGGCCAGUGGAGAGCUCUUCAAAAAUCCCCUAACGUUUAUGAUGAGCAAGUUUUCAAGGGAUUGGAUUUUGUGGUGAGUGAAGCAAAGAAGUACAAAGUAAGGCUGAUAUUGUCAUUGGUUAACAACUGGGAAGCCUAUGGAGGGAAAUCACAGUAUGUAAAAUGGGGCAAGGCUGCUGGUCUCAAUUUGACAUCUGAUGAUGAUUUUUACUCUCAUCCAACUCUCAGAAGCUAUUACAAAUCGCAUGUUAAGACAGUGCUCAACAGAGUGAAUACCAUAACAAACAUAACUUACAAGGAUGAUCCCACUAUUUUCGCUUGGGAACUCAUCAACGAGCCUCGUUGUGAAUCGGAUCCCUCAGGAGAUAAGUUGCAGGCUUGGAUUGAAGAAAUGGCAGUCUAUGUGAAAAGCAUUGAUCCAAAGCAUCUCCUACAGAUAGGAUCUGAAGGUUUCUACGGUGCAUCCACCCCGAAUAAGGUUCAGUUCAAUCCCAACACCUACGCUCAACAAGUUGGGACGGACUUCAUCCGCAACCAUCAAGUUCUUGGAGUUGAUUUUGCAUCAGUUCAUAUCUACCCAGAUUCUUGGAUCUCCCAAGCAAUAUCGGAUGCUCACAUUGAGUUCGUGAGAUCAUGGAUGCAAGCACAUAUCGAUGAUGCUGAGAACUACCUGGGAAUGCCUGUCAUGUUUACAGAGUUCGGAGUGUCUAGAAAAGACCCUGGCUACAAUCUAACGUACCACGAUGCUCUUCUCAGUUCAGUUUACCAAUGUGUGUUGAACUCGACCAAGAGAGGCGGGGGCGGAGGCGGCAGCCUUGUGUGGCAGCUGUUUCCCCAAGGCACAGACUACAUGGAUGAUGGAUAUGCAUUAGUUCUAUCCAAAAAUCCUUCUCUAUCCCAUAUCAUAUCCCUUCAGUCCACCAGACUCAAUAUGUUCAAUUCCUUGUGUUCAUGGAAAUGCAGGUGGAGUUGCAAGAAGAAGCAUGCUUUCGGUGACUACUAGCAUGCAACAUGUUAUCUGUCCACAUAUAAAAUGAUAUACAUCUCUUAAAACAUUCAAUAAUCCAUUAAUUGUUGAUUUUGAAUUUGAA